AUUUGAUUGACAGCGAAGAACAAAACGCAUCAGACUGUGGUCUCGGAAUAAUUGUCAUUCUAGCAUCACCAUAGGCAAACAUGACAAUGUUGAUAAGCCGCAAUCGCCCUGUCGCUGAUUGGUCACUUCGCCACUGAUAUCCGGGGAUCGGCAUCGGAACAUCCUUGACAUCACUAAUCCCAUCCAAAACUUCCGCCAUCUCCAACACUCCAAUCAGUUGUGCAUCUCUAUUCUCUCACCACAACUUUCUUCCUCACAGCCGCCACAAUGUUUGCGCGAACAGUAGCUUCAUCCCUCCGGCAAGCCGCCCGGCCUGUCGCCGUCCGCUCAACAGCUCCUCUCUUCCGCACACCAAUCUCCCCCCUCACACCCUUCCAAGCCCGUCUUCUCUCCGACCAAACCCGCUCCGCAAUCGACAAAGCCGUAUCGUCCGCCCCCGUCGUGCUCUUCAUGAAGGGAACACCCGAGACACCGCAGUGCGGCUUUUCGCGCGCCGCCAUUCAGAUCCUCGGUCUGCAGGGCGUCAACCCCGAUAAAUUCGCCGCUUUCAACGUCCUCGAAGAUCCUGAGCUGCGGGAGGGUAUCAAGGAGUACUCCGACUGGCCUACGAUUCCCCAGCUCUACGUUGCGAAGGAGUUUAUUGGUGGAACGGAUAUUCUUGUUUCGAUGCAUCAGAAUGGUGAUUUGGCGAAGCUGUUCGAUGAGAAGAAGGUUAUCCUUGAGGGGGAGCCUGAGCAGAAGGAAUAGAAGCGGCGAUUGCGAUCGGUCGAGUGUAUAACAUGGUGUAAUAGUGAAGAUAUACCUCUGUAUAACAGAUACGAAUAUACAGCAAAAGAACGGAAUAGAACGGUGUGGUCGUUUGCUUCUCGAGC